CCUUCGGCCCUCCGGCGCGUGGGUUCCCAGGUCCAUCCACCCGGAGCCCGAGAAACGCGCGUCCCCAGGCGCGGCGGAUGCGGUGCGGCCGCAGAACAGGGAUCGGAUUGUCCUCUCUUAACAAAGACGGCGAAUAACGGUGACAAAAGCGAUAGUGUCGUCUUAGCUUUUUCGAACGGGGCAUGACGACAUUUCCUAGGCGGCUAGGACCCUAAACGUACGUUCUGAAAGCAAAAUGGGGCCGGAGUUCUUGGUUCCUUUAUUAAUAUGACAUUUGUUGGGCGGCUCUUGGUGCUAGAAACUGUGAGAUAACCAAGAGCCAUUUGGGACAGGAGAGAAGCUCCCCAGACACCAGGCAGUGAAGCAGCUGAAGGAAGGGGAUGGAGCAGCGACAGAGAACGCUCCAGGUAGGGAAAGGUGUCCUUCUCCAUGACUGAGGACUAAGUCCUGAUGUGGUCAUGUGAAAAACCAACAAAAAAGAAAAAAGAAAAAGCAGCAACAAAAACCUCCCCAUAGCAUGAGCAACCAAAGACUGCCUUUCCCCCAGUGUAGGCAUGGAGAGUAGGUAAGGUUAGGUAACUGAGGGGUUGGGUCGUCCGUACUGGGGCUUCUGGGGAGCUGCAGCUGAGGGAUGGCUUGGAUGGAUUUGGCCCAGUGUAAAGCUCUGAGCUGCAAGAGUGAAUGUUGGACCAAGGAUGCAUGUUGCCUGGAGGGUGUCAGGAGAAACAAACACGGUGCUUCAUGGAAGCAUCUUUGUAUUGUGGACGCCAAAAUUCAGCUGGGAUGGGAAAGGGUCCAAAUGAACUGGGAAGCUCUUGGACAAAGCGUAGCCAGCAAUGGCCAUGAUGGCGUUUCAGACUUCCCUAUAUAACACUCUUGGGAGUAGCUGGUGAAAAAAAUGCUCCCAAAUGCCCUGUAACACGGGUGGCCUCUUGGACAUGGGCAGCUCUUAGCCUGGCCCUGUCUGGACACAUUUAUUUCUUCUGAUGUCUUCAAGGACUAAGAUGGAGUUAUCAACACAGCAGUCUGUUGAAUGAAAGGGGAAAUUUCUUCUAGAAAUUAAGCACCUUCUUUCAUUGCCAUUCUGUGCAUAUGAACUGUUAAAAUCUAUUUAUAGUUGUUUGUAUAAAGUCUGAGUCUGGGGACCUUAUGGAUGCCUCCAGCCCCAGCCGCAAACCUCCUGGGCAGAAGAGGAGCAGAGCUUCGUUUAGCGCCGCCCUGGUUCUGCAUGUGAAGUAUCUGUGCCUUUGGAGCACCGAAUACCCGUCUGGUGGAUAUUUGAGAAGAGGGAAAUGACGAAAUGUUGUUUAGCUGCAAUUCCUUGGUUACUUAUGUUAAUCCGGGGUAUAAAAGAGCAUGAAGUCUCAAAUGGCGUUGAAUGAUUGCUUCAGUCUGACCAACCCUAGCAACCCUCACCCAGGAGACUUGAUUGAAGUGUUCCGGCCUGGCUAUCAGCACUGGGCACUAUACUUGGGUGACGGCUAUGUUAUCAACGUAGCGCCUUUAGAUGGCAUUUCUUCAUCAUUUACAAGUGUCACGUCUGUGUUCAGCAAAAAGGCCCUGGUGAAGAUGCAACUCUUGAAAGAUGUUGUGAAAAAUGACACAUACAGAAUAAAUAAUAAAUAUGACAAGAUUUAUCCUCCUCUGCCUGUGGAGGACAUCAUAAAACGGUCAGAGUUUGUUAUUGGACAAGAAGUGGCCUAUGACUUACUGGUCAACAACUGUGAGCAUUUUGUGACUUUGCUCCGGUAUGGAGAAGGAGUAUCAGAUCAGGCCAACCGAGCAAUAAGUACCAUUGGAUUGGUGGCUGAUGCUGUGAAUAUCUUCUCAUUCUUGGGCUUGUUUGCAAAAAGACAGAGAUCAAAAUACUGUUUACAACUUACUGAAGAGAUUUUUUGGAACUGAUGGAAUUUGUGGGGAUGAGGGGAAAGCUGGAAUGAAUGCUUAGUUUGAAUGCUUCAUUAUUGUUUCAAGCCCUGAUGAUGGAUGACAGACUCUUUAAUAAACUUCUUACUGAUUUUAGCAAUCAUUGAGCCCAGGAAAUCUCUCCCUAGCAUGGAUGUGGUGUGGCAGCUUGAUAAACAAGCAGCAGCCUUUGCACAAGCCAGCAGAGGAUCUAAACAAAACCAUCAUAUUGUGUCUUCCCUAUGGACAGCUGUUUUUCCAGAGAUGUGGAAAACUGUUUAUACAUGCUUUUGAAAGACAAUUUCUAGGGUUGACAUCUAAAUUCAUACUCUUUUCCUUGUCAAAAAAGAAACUGGGAUAUUCUGGGCAGCUGAAAAAUAUUUCACUGACAAAGUAUUUGAGGUUUGCUGUAUUACCUUUCCAUUGCUGGGACUAACCACCCAACCAAAAGCAGCCAAUGUAAGGAAAGGAUCUAUUUUGGCUUAAAGUCAUGAGGGGAAGCAUCAUCAUGGCAAGUUUGAAAGAAUUGUAGAGCAGAAGGUGGGUUAUAACACCCCAAAGUCCAUCCAGAAUGGUGCACCCCCAGCAAGGCUCCACCUCCCAAAUUGCCACCAGCUAGGGGCCAAGCCUUCAAAACACAUUAGGCUAUGGGUUACAUCUGAUUCAAAUCACCACAAGGGCACACCCUCAUCUUGCUGCACCUGAGUAGGUAUGAGCUGGUAGGGAGCAGAUCCUACCCCAUUUUCAGACCCAGUGAUGUUUCUAGAAUCUAGAAUGAGAAUGGGUUAUAAGUCUACUAAGUUGCAUUGUUCCCAUUGGAUUUUGUAGUAAAGUGGCUCGACUUUGAAUCUUGGCAAGAGAUCAUUAGUAUUGCUGUGAAGUUCCACAUUUAAAAGUAACAUACUAUAUCAUCCUUCUAGGCUUGUACUUCUCUCUCUGCUUGGUCCUGUGAAAGCAGGCCAGUUUCUUCUGCCAUUAUGGAACUUCCCCUGGAUCUGUAAGCUUCAAUAAAUCCCUUCCUCCAUAACUGUGCC